GACAGUCCUGAGUCUUGAGAGUAUGGAGUCGCCGGCGGAGUGAAAACAGCAGCAACAUCACACGGUGAAGUGGAAAAUACGUUUUUUUUAGCCGCCGGAAAGACAGUCUCAUGGAUUUAUUCAACUGGUCCGCCAUUGUUUGGGUGACGAAGGACGGCUGAAAACAAAGGGCGGAGCUAAGUAUGGGGUAAGAGCGCUGAGAGGAGAUACCAAGACGACACAAGCUGAGGAGGCCCUCUAACCUGCAAAGGUGCUGACGGGGGAAGGACACUGUCAUGGCGCUGUUGUGGAGGAGGCUGAAGCUUUUGGUGACAGUGAUGAUGGUCAACCUCUUCAUCUUCAUCAUCAUCUCCCGACACAACAGUCAAGACAAAAACAGUAAUAAGGUCCGCAUCCCCUCCAAACCAUUCUGGAACAAACUGGUUCCCAGCCCGGCUUACUGGAAUCUCCAGCAGCAGAUUCUGGACCUUCAGAACAAUCCCAUCCUGGGGGCUAACUACAGCGAUGCAGACUUGCCUGAUUGGGCUAACGACACCAGCCUGACCUCUGACCCCUGCCAGCCUAACUCCAGGGUUGCCACUCAGGUGAAAGACUACAAUUCCCUACCGGAACGUUUCAAGGACUUCCUGAUUUACAUGCACUGCCGCUCCUACCCGAUCAUGGUGGACCAGCCUGACGUCUGUAGGGAGCCUCCGUUCCUGCUCCUGGCUGUCAAGUCCCUGACGCCGCACUUCGACCGGCGCCAGGCCAUCCGUCAGUCCUGGGGAAAGGCGGGUGUUAUAGCUAAUCAGACGGUGGUUACCAUCUUCCUUCUCGGCAAUGCCACAGCUGGGGACCACCACCCGGAUCUGUCCAAGAUGCUGCACUAUGAGAGCAUCAGUCAUAAAGACAUCAUCCAGUGGGAUUUCAGGGAUUCGUUCUUCAACUUGACUGUCAAAGAAGUUCUCUUCCUGGAGUGGAUUCAGACUCGUUGCACUGGUGCUCGCUUCAUCUUCAAAGGCGACGACGACGUCUUUGUCAAUACUUACCACAUCUUGGACUUCCUUAAGGGCCUCUCAGAGCCCAAAGCCAGGGACCUGUUUGUGGGUGACUUGAUAACCAACGCAGGGCCCCACCGAGACAAGAAGGUCAAAUACUUCAUCCCAGAGGGCAUGUACAUUGGGACGUACCCUCCAUAUGCAGGAGGCGGUGGAUACCUUUACUCUGGUGACGUCGCUGCUCGUCUGCACAAUGUGUCCCGCCAUGUAGCGCUCUACCCAAUAGAUGAUGUCUACACGGGUAUGUGCCUUCGGAAGCUAGGGCUGGCCCCCGAGAAGCACAAAGGCUUUAGGACCUUUAACAUAGAGAUGAAAUACAGGUCAAACCCCUGCGCCUACAAGAGUUUAAUGCUC